CACUGACGUCAAGCUGGAGAGGCAGGCAGGCAGAGGAGCGAGUUAGUUUGUCGGCUUUCAACAAACCUCCUGCUCAGAGUAGGAGUCUCUGGGAGUCUGUCAGUCACCGUUACCUCUGUCUCAGUUGCUCAGUCCGUCUUCUCCUCCCCCCUCUGCUGUUCUUCCCUCCUCUCUCUGGCUCUCAUGUUUGUUUCUUUCUGGUGAUCUUCUUUAUUCGCGCCUUUUGCUCCUUCUUCUGCUGCUACAGCUGCUUCUGAAAAACUUAGUCUUGAGAGAAAGUGCUGGGUGAUGGACUGCUGAACGGCUUGUACAUUGCUACAAAGUGAGCUGUGAGCCGAGUGAUUGACAGGACCUACAGACAUGGGGAAGCAGAACAGCAAGCUCCGUCCUGAGGUGAUGCAGGACCUCCUGGAGAGCACUGACUUCACCGAGCAUGAGAUCCAGGAGUGGUACAAGGGCUUCCUGAGGGACUGCCCCAGCGGGAACCUCUCCAUGGAGGAGUUCAAGAAGAUCUACGGUAACUUCUUCCCCUACGGAGACGCUUCGAAGUUCGCCGAGCAUGUCUUUCGCACAUUCGAUGCUAAUGGCGACGGAACAAUAGACUUUCGGGAGUUUAUCAUCGCACUAAGUGUAACGUCACGUGGCAAGUUGGAGCAGAAGUUGAAAUGGGCCUUCAGUAUGUACGACCUGGACGGAAAUGGCUACAUCAGCAAAUCUGAGAUGCUGGAGAUUGUUCAGGCAAUCUAUAAGAUGGUGUCCUCUGUGAUGAAGAUGCCUGAGGACGAGUCGACACCUGAGAAGAGGACAGAGAAGAUCUUCAGGCAGAUGGACACCAACAGAGACGGUAAGCUGUCUCUGGAGGAGUUCAUCAAAGGAGCGAAGAGCGACCCCUCCAUCGUGCGCCUGUUGCAGUGUGACCCCAGCAGCGCCGGACAGUUCUAAACCUGAGGCAUCAACACAACCUUGCUUCUUUGGGUGACUCCAAAUGCCCUUAACUCUCCACUAUGGAGCAGACUGAUGAUGAAGAAUGACAAGCUGAUGACGAUGAAGAAGACCGGCCUUCAACAUGCACUGAGGACAUCAAAGAUGGGCACAGGAGCCAAAUUCUCCAGUUGACCCCCUGAGCUGUUUAACUAAACCCUCCAGACCCCAACAAAGACUAAGCCUGAGACUUUCCCAAACCCUCAUGAGGUUAUCAAGCCCCACUGAUUGUAGUUGACCAGGACCCCUCAGUCCUCCUAUAGGCACGUCCGAGUAUAAAGAAGGUCUGCAGUAGGUUGUAUAUAUACAGUAUAAACUGGAGUCUCUGUAUCAGUGUCUUUACUUGGCUCUCUGUGCCCCUCAAGGCUCCAUCCGGGGCGACACAGAGCCUCUGUCACUCUAAUGUGUAUCAUAGACAGAGUGUGUGCAUGAGACAACAAGAGGCAGAGAGAGAAGAUGGUGUUGAAUAACAGGACAUACUGUAGGUGAGAUUAUUUAACCUGCAGAGAGGACUUGUGAAGUUUGUCCUUCACUCAGAACGAGUACUGCUUUUAGUUUUCCUCUUUUCUACUGUGAGAAUGUGUACAUGUGUUUGUGUAUUUUGCAAACUUGAUAGACUUUGUUUCAUAUUUUGUGCUGGGACAAAAUUACAUGAACGUGUAAUAUUAUGCUACUAUGCAUAUGCGCCCUACUCAGUAGUUUGAUUGUGUGAAGUCUCACUGAUGUAAUAGAAGGAAACGCAUCCCUUUAUCCAUCAUCUGUUCCAGAGCUUCUUUCAUAUCACUAAGAAUUUGACGGAGAAUUUUGGAGUGGCAGUUUAUUACUGCGCUCUAGAUUAAGGAAAAUAGAAAACUAGUCUUUUAAGUAUUUGAAUACAGUGUAGAUAUAUUAAAGUGCACCUAAAUUUGUAAAGCAAAUUCAAAAAGUUCAGAUUACUCAGUUCGAUAAUACAAAAUGAUUUGUUUAUUUAAGCUGUCGAGCAUGCAUAGCAGUUUCUUUUUUUGACAUGUACUAUGUGAAGAACAGACACUUCUUCACGUUCACUUUUAGAUGUUUGCAUGUUAAAUAGUUGGUUGCAGGGGUGCAGAGACUAAAUAACACGUAUGCAUGUGACUUAUGCGCAUGUGUGUUUUAUGUUUAUGGAUAAUAUCAGUGGCUAAACGGCCAGUUGCCCAUCCAGCUCUGAGCUCGCUUCUGUAUGUUAGUAUUGUCAUCGUUAGUGCUACCAGUAGUCAGUGUUAUUGACAGCGUAUGGACUGCCAAAGCUGACACAUCUAAUGGUUCACAUGAAUAACAUGGAGGGAACACACAACAAUCUACACAUAGAAUAACGACACACUGUUUAAUGCUGAGAAGUCAGAGCCGAGAGUACCUGUAACAGAGCCAAAUAUACACAAAGAGGACAGCAUUCUCUCUCAACUUUCCCAAUUCUACAGUACACUUGCAUCAGCUAGCGCAGUUUACAGUAUCACAUCAAAUGAUUGAAUGCUAUCGGUCACACAUUAGUAUUGCUGGUGUCCCACUAAUAAAAAAGAUCCCAUUCGAUUCAAAUGGAAGAUCCGAUUGGCAUUUAUUUUGUCCCUCUGUCUUUCCUUCACUGAGCUGUGGAAGGAAAGAGAACAAAGCUCUCCCUGAUGUUUUUAAGGAAGUUGAACCAGCAGCAGUGUGACCCUCCCCUGAAUGUACCGGAGCCCUCCCCGGGGCACAGCAAGCCGUUUCAGUUAUUGCAUUAUUUUCCAAUUAUAAAAGCUUUGAAUGUUUUACUAAAUAACUGCUGUUUUUCUGUGAAAAAAAUAAAAAGAUGUAGACAAACAAACCGAGAAUCACAACUACUGCAAUGAUACUGUCACCAUGUGUUGCUUUUAUUGUAUUUUUAUGAUUUUAUGAUCCUUUUUCUUUUCUUUUUGUUUUUUAAAUCUACGUCAGGUGUAACAUUUCUGUUAAAACACAUAAUAGCAUCUUGCGGUCAAGUGCCAAAUAAAAACAAAACAGUAUUGUAUAAAUUUAUACUGUACAAUUGUUAUCUGUUGAAAAAAAUGUUUGUAAUUGUUGCAUUUUGUAGGUUUUGUAUGGUAUCCUGUAUUUAGUGACUGCAGUUUUGGAUCACAGGAUUGUUUUUUGGUCAACUUCAAAAAGGCAAGAAUUAAAUUUACAAUUUAUUGUGUGCAAGCAAUAA